CGAAGAUAAAAUAUAUUUCUCUUACAAUUUAUUUGUUCACUUAGUAUGAAGCUUAUUCAAUUGAAAAGGAUGCAAAAAGAGUGAAAGAGGCUGCGGAGCUUUUUCUUGACAUGUAAGUGCAUUACUGUGCAGUAGGGCAUAUUAGUAUAUUGCAUUUCCAUUCUUUCAAGUUAGCAACAUGUUGUUUCCGCUAGGAUGCAUAUUGGUACCGGUUUUUGAACCUUGAAUCUGAUUGUUUUUAUAAGCACGUUUCACAGUGUGCGAAGGAAAGAAACAUUUUAAUUUUUAGUCUAAGUGGGCAAACCAUAAUUUGACUUCAAUAUAUAUAAGAGAGGUUGAGCGAACGAUAGUGUGUUGGUAUUUAGUGUGAAUUAUUCCUCAUGAUGAAGAUUUUUGCCAUGCCUUGUUUGUGACUGAUGUAUUGCAAUAUAAUUCUUUUAAUUCAGGUUUUAGUGCCACAAAAAUAAUUCAGUGUUAAAAAAUUAAUUUGGUGCCAAAAAAUUAAUUUGGUGCCAAAAAAUUAAUUCAUCCCAAACAAAACACAACACUUUGAUUUAAGUUUUGACUUCUGACAGUAUCAAUUUUUAUUGAUGUUGUGUCAUUCAAAUGAAUGAAUGAUGCAAGUGACCAUGCAUGCAUUUGCUUCUGUAUGGGAACACAUAUAUACUCGUGAGUUUUUAAAGACUUCACUAAAUUGCACUCGUCCUUUUGGACUCGUGCAUGUUUUUGCAUCUUAAGUAUGUUCUCUAAUUUAGCUUUUUUUUCCAUAAUAAAUAAGGUUGGCUCGAUUUUCCACUGAAAAGAUUCUUGCUGAAGAACUGUGCAAGAUCACAGAAGCACUUGAAGCAAAAGAUAUUGAUAAAAAAAGUAUAUUUUUGAAAGGUACUGUAAUGAAAAAAGCAAAACUGUAUGUUCUCCAUAUCAAAUAUAACGGCUGGACUUAAUUUGGGACUGUAUUAGUCCUGUUCUCUGUGCCUUCAAUUUCUUAUUCUAAAAUUAAUAAUAAUAAAAAAAUAACAAUAUUUGUCAUUAUUUUUGUCAUUAAUUUAAACUAAAGGCCGUCAAGAAAGUUGAAUGUGGGCAAAGAGACCGUAAUGGAAAACUGCCUUAAAAGCCAACUUCAUGUACGCUGGAUACUUCAAUCUGUGCUAAAGGUUUAUAUCGUAGCUGUCCAGUUCAUUAUAUAGCGUUCUUUCAUUAGUCCAGUGUUACUGCCGGUAGAGACUGGAGAAUUUGGAGGAAACUUUCAACGUUUGGUAGGGUCAGUCUGAUUGUCAAACUGGAAGCACACUCAUAUACGGCAAUAUAUUUUUCCAUUAACAAUAUAGAUAUGUUCAACAGUUUAUCCAGAACGUCACAGAAAGGAAUUUUAAUUAAUGCUGCAGGUUUGUUUACUUAACCCAUAUAUUUUAUGGCAAUCUGUACUUUACAUUCGUCCUCAUGUGAGUAUUUAAUUAUAGUGUUCUAAUAUUAACUCUGCAACGAAAGGGGGCUUUAUAAAAACAUAUAAAUUAUAUUUAGACAAAAUUAAAUCUUAUGAUGCACCUGUUUUGUCAAUGUUAAGCAAAUUAAACAGAAAUGCGUAAAGUUAUUCAUUUUGUACUUUUAGUUGACUCAAUUGUACUGAUAGACGCCAUUCAUCUUUUGACGUCGUUCGUGUUUUAACACCCAAUUAAGUCUCUAACGGAUGACCUUAGGGUCGUAAGGUCGUAUAAAUCCCACCUUGGUUAUUCCUCUGCGAGGCAAGGCCAUUCUUGGUCAUUCGUCUGAAUUGCGGAUUGGGAGAGAUGCGAGAGAACUACUUGCAAAAUACAAGCAGAACUUCGAAAUUUCGAGCGAAGGCCCUUCGCCGACCUUACCUACACUAGUCGCCGCUACAUACACUGGCACAAACUGCUCCAGUCCUUUCCUCUGCCCUACCAACCAACAGUGAUGAAGUUGAAGGUCUAAAGCCCCGUUCGAACGAAUCCAACAUCGUCUUACAUUUUUGACCCAACAAUGAUGUUGAACAAUGUUGGAUGGAAAUGUUUUAACAAAGUCAAAACCGAUUAAACAUCUUCCGACAUGAGCCGACAUUACCCAAGAUAUUAUCAAACGAGGCCAACAAUGUUGCAUUCAACAAUACUGAAUAGUAUUGGGCGAACAUGAUGGCUAUAGCCAGCGUGGCCGGCUCUUUUAUAAGUAGAGCCUGCCCGAGAGCCCUAGUCAAAUUGAUGCCGCCCACUUAGUUAAUAUUCCAUAUUAACACCGCCCACUCGAAAUAGUUUUGUAUAAAUUGAUGACUUAAAAUUUUAAUUGUUGCAUAUUUACUAUAGCCUGCGCUACAUGCUUUCAAUAAACUUUUUACAAUAGAUGGAUAGCGAUUCAACUGCCUGGAAAUACAAGCAAAACGUCGGCAUUUCGAGCGAAGGCCCUUAGUAGGCCCAGUAGUAGACGAAGACCGUUCAAAAUUAUAUUAUGCUUUGCACCUGUAUGGCUGUACUACAGUUAUAAAUAUUGCAGUAUUAAAUAUAAUGACUUAGGAAAAGUUUAAAUAGACCCCUUCCCGUGUUAUACUCGUUGGCAGGCAAAUGUAUUUUAAAAGCUCCAAAGAGAGCUUCCUAUUAUUAUGGUGUAUUAAACACAAUGGGAAUGUAUUGUUUUAUAUAAUUGUAAUUUGCCAGCCAGCAAAAUAUAAACAAGGCAAGGACAGCCGAGGUUUUAUACUCUUUAUACUAUAGUGACCAUACGGUAAAAUCAUACGACAUAUAUGCAGUAAUAGCAGUAUGGCUUGCCGUAUUCUGUUUAGAUACCGGUAUAUGUUAUACAUUUUACACUUUGUCUUUUGAAUUUUAUAUUUUAGCAGACAGGUUUACACUUUACAGGUAAACUACGUAAAGCGUUCCUCUUUUGAGUUUCUAAAUUGAUUGCAAUUUUCCUCAUUACUUUUGCAAUUUAAAAAACUCCUUUGCAAAUUCCUUGAGGGAAUUUGCAAUGUUGCUAAAAGCCAAAAAAAUUUUCCUCAGUUCCUGUUAGAAGUUCUUAACUUCCUGUUACAAAUUCCUAACUUCCUGUUCUGUUCUGCGUGUUGCAAUUGGCUAACAAAAAUAAUCGACCAAUAACAACGCUCAGAACAGAACAGGAAGUUAGGAAAUUAAAACAGGAAGUUAGGAAAAUUUAAAAUGAAGUUUGGAAUAUUGCAACAGCCGAUAGGAACAUUGCAAAUUCCCUCAAGGGAUUUGCAAAGAGUUUUUCAAAUUUGCAAAGCUAAUGAGGAAAAUUCCAAAUGAGUUACGAAGUCAAAAGAGGAACGCUUCACGUAGUUUACCUGUAAUAUAGCGAUGCCGUUUGUUUUUACUGUAUUUAUUUUUAAAUAUUUGAAUAAAUUAGCGUAACAUGUCAAUCAAACUGUCGUCAACGUAAAUUCAGCCAAUCACAAUUCUCGGCGGCUGGCUGCCGAGAGUCAUCAAUUUGACUAGGGCUUUCGGGCAGGCUCUCCUUCAAUAGAGCCGGCCACGCUGGCUAAUGAUGGCCUCGUUUGAUCUGGCCUUAAUACUUUUAAAACGUCUCAAUUCAUUUUAUCCAAGAUUGUUGCGAUUACAAUAUUGUCUCUAUACCACUAUUGACGAUUUUUAUUUUGUGCUUACUCGUUGUUUGUCACUAUCUUUCAGCGAAACAAAGCGACUGCUCUGAGAAAUGUCGACUUACACUGUUAUUGAUAAAACAAUUUCCAGAAGCUGUUAAAGAAUGUGCCGUAAGUUCUUCUUGUGUGUCUGAUCACGUGGCCCAAUGUAUGAUUUAACAAAUAUAAAACAUUUUCCGUAUUGAUAUACAGUUAUAUCAACACGAGUGGAAAUUAGGAAAACGAGAAAUUGUGUGAAAACACUCCGCCCGAAGACGCCCGAAGACGCCCGAAGGGCGGAGUGUUUUCACACAAUUUCGAGUUUUCCCAAUUUCCACGAGUGUAUCAAUAACUGUAUCAAUACGGAAAAAAUGUUUUAUAUUUGUUUUAUAAUAUAGCGCAAAGAAACAUAAAGAAAGAAAUUUUCCGACGUUUCCGUGUUGACAUUGAGUUAUAUCAACACGGCUCUUAGCCAAUCAGCGUUCAGAAUUUACAAAUGCUAUAUUAUAAUUCUUCUUGUUCAACCUAAUACUCGGGCUCUUUAUUAUAAUAUUAUACGCUUUUACUAACAUAGUCAAUCAAGAUGUGAUCUGGAUACUCUGUGCUAUACUGUGAUAUUUAACAAAAGGAAAGAUUUACCUUAUUGCUGUAGACUUGAUACAAGUCGACUCGUAUUAUUUAGUUGCAGCGUUGAGCUCAAAUUCUUAAAGUGCGGAUUUUAGCGAUGGGGGUGCGUCAAAUUUCACCAACUCGGUGCGUAUUAGCCAAACAGAUUUAAGAAUUGGCCACGCAUUAUAGUCGACGGCUUUUUCGUGUUUGUUUAUGCGUUGUGUGCGUUGAAAUGAAUAUACUGUAACUGGAACGCUACCUUCAGAUAAACUGUCUAUCUUUUUCUUGAAGCCAAAUCUUGACUCAAACCCACGUGUUUAUAUCAUGAUUGACUGAUUGAGCGCUCUUCGCAUGCGUGAAAAGACUGGGACUGGCCUUCAAGUUUGGUUUCAAAUUUCCGGUUGGAGAUAGCGUUCCAGUUAUAUUCAUUUCAAUGGUUGUACUCGUCGUUUUCACUGGUUUCCUUACAAUGCCAGACAAGUUACAUGUGAGUGGACUUGUAGCAAUUAGGCAGUUGCAUCAGGAGAAUGUUCAAACUUGUAUCCAGGGUUUUCCCGUAAAUGUUAAAUCCUGGCACUUUGUGGUUUUGUUGUUUCUUGACAGUUGUAAGGAAGGUGGUUUUGGUCUCAUUUACGCUAUGGUACAUCUAAAAUGGUGAAAACUUUGAUAAUUUUAAUGGUCCUUCUCCCCCCCCCCCAAAAACAAUAAUGUUGCUUUUCAAGAACUAUAGUUAUUCAAACAAAUACCGAGAUUUUCUAAAGGAACAAACUAAGUCAUAGUCGGUUUCAUUUUUUCUACAACUGCCGAUUCGCAUAUUUCUCAUGCGGAAUUGCACUAUUGUAGAAAGUGUUUUUUUUAAAAGGUAUAUUCUGGUUGGUUGAGUACUAUUAAAAUGUUUAUCUGUUUCGUGUUAUAUAUUACGUCGUUUAAUUCAAUUAAUGAUAUUCAAUUUUUAUCAAGGUUUCUCUAAUACAAUCAUUGAUGUCUAAAGAACACGAGAGCUACCCAGAUUCUCCAAUCAAUAUUUAUAGAAAGUUGUUAGGUAAUACCUCGUGUUGAAUCAAUAUAAAUUUUAAAUCGUCAAUUGGAUUGACGAGAAUUAAAAUACCGAAUUGAAUUUAGUGGAGAGCGGGAAUUUAUUAUUUAUUCAAUUGUUAUAUAUACUAAUUAUAGCUAUUCAUAUGUUCUAUAGUUUGUAAUGUUCUUCCUGUUGUUGUGAGCAGUGAACAGUUGGUGAUUAAUAUUGAAAACAAGCCUGACAAGAAUCAGGUAUGAAAUGACGUAUGUAAUACUCACUGUGUUCGGUUUGCCCGCGAGGUACGAGCGACCUAUUGAAUCGCGCGAGUAAUCAGUCUAGUGGACCUACGAAGAAAAUUGAAGUAUACAAUAUAACCCAACUGAAAACUGUCACACAUGCGAACGCAUGUUCAAACCGAUUCGCUGUUCCCGCGCGAACAAAGCGACUGUAGUGGAAUGCGCUAUUCCAUUUAAUAUCCGUACAAUCCCCUCCCCCUUUGUAAGAACUUCCACAGGGGUAAGGUAUAUGCAAUUUUUUAUGGGAUUUUGGCAUGAGGGUUGGAUAUUUUCAAUUAAAUUUCCUUAGGGGUAAAGUGUAAUUCUUCAGGGAUAAAUGCUGAUUAUAUGCUGCUUUAAUGUACUAUUUAAAACAUGAGCAGCAGUGUUUUAUCAGAUGUAAAGAUAAAACACGCACUGCGAAUGUUUUAAAUUGCUUCAAAAACGAUCGAUCUAGUAUAUGUUCAUUGGCGAAGUAAUUUUCAAAAAAUACGUUGUGUAAGUCGAGAAAAAAAUAAUCAAAGUUAGGCUAAAAUUUAUGUAAAUCAAGGGAAAUCUCUAUCACAUGUAAAGAUACGACACGCUUAUGAUUUUUCUUCAUGAAUUAUUAAUGAGUUUUUGAAUAUAAUUUAUUGGUAUUAUUAGUUUAAUUUUUACAAAAACUCAUCGUAUAAUAGACAAAAUGUAGGGCAUAUCACUCGACAAUUUUAUAUUAUUCCAACAUGUAAUAAAUAGUUCUUCUUCUAUAGCUCGAUAUUUCCAUCCGCGAAAAAAACUUUCAACAUAAUAUACUGAUCACUUUCACCAUUUAGAAUCCAAACAUUCUGACACUAAGCCCGGAUCAAGUGCUCAGUUGGUUAGAGUUAUCAAUUCAAUACAUCGUUUGCUGUCAGGCGUUUCAAGCUAAUGUCUACACGAAUCUCCCAUAUGAGAUUGACCAUUCAGUUCAUAACCAUGCUGAUUUAUGGCUGCAUCUUCAUGAACUGCUUUGCAUCAUGGGUAAUAAAUGUGGCUGGGUCGAUAUUUUGCGUUUGAAAGAUAUCUUAUCGCCCAACAGGUUGGUAACUUUAUUACAACUGAAGAUUGUACAGUCUUCCUAAUAGAGGUUAUACUGUACCACCAUGAUGUUACCUUUAAAAGCUAUGUUACACAACGUUACAAAUUCUGGUGCAAUUUGCAACACAAUUUCUGACAUAGAGUAGUGUUGAUAGUAGAUCGAGUGAAGGGUAUUACAAAGGAUGAGUGACUACUCUGCACAGUCUUGAUUGUAGAUCGAGGGAAUGCUAUACAUAGGUUAAUUGACUACCUUGUACAGACUUGAUAGUAGAUCGAGUGAAUGGUAUUACAUAGGAUGAGUGACCAUCUUGUACAGUCUUGAUAGUAGAUCGUAGAUCGAGUCUUGAUAGUAGAUCGAGGGAAUUCUAUAUAAAUAUGUUAAGUGAAUACCCUGUACAUACUUGAUAGUAGAUCGAGGGAAGUGUAUUACAUAGGAUGAGUGACCAUCUUGUACAGUCUUGAUAGUAGAUCGAGGGAAGUGUAUUACAUCGGAUGAGUGACCAUCUUGCACAGUCUUGAUAGUAGAUCGAGGGAAGGGUAUUAAUAGGAUGAGUGACUACCUUGUACAGUCUUGACAGCAGAUCGAGGGAAGUGUAUUACAUAGGAUGAGUGACCAUCUUGUACAGUCUUGAUAGUGGAUCGAGGGAAGUGUAUUACAUAGGAUGAGUGACUACCUUAUACAGUCUUGAUGAUAGAUCGAGGGAAGUGUAUUACUUAGGAUGAGUGACUACACUGUUACAGAUUUGAUAGUAGAUCAAGGGAAUGCUACACAUAGGUUAAGUGACUACUUUGUACAGUCGUGAAUGAGUGACCGUCUUGUACAGUCUUCAUAGUAGAUCGCGAGGGAUGGGUAUUACAUAGGAUGAGUGACUACCCUGUACAGACUCGAUAGUAGAUCGAGGGAAAGGUAUUGCAUGACUACACUGUUACAGAUUUGAUAGUAGAUCGAGGGAAGGGUAUUACAUAGGAUGAGUGACCAGUAUACUGCACAUACUACAUAUGAUUGAAAACUCGUGUAAGUAGAAUUGCAGCUGGUUCUCGCAUGUGUCUCAGGGUUCAGGUACUCCGGAUGGAGUUGAGAACAUAUUUCGAACCACGAAACAAUGUUUUCUCCUACGUUGUCGCCUUAACGCAAGUGUAGUAAAAACAGGUAUGUUUGAAGUAGGAAUCAUUUAUCUUCAUAGGCAGCCAUUUUGUCUUUCCCGUCAGUUGAGUCAAAAAUUUCAUUUGACAGUAACGACAUCCAGCACCUGGCAACAACACUGAAAGACUGCUAAUAAUAAUAAUAAUAAUAAUAAUAAAAAAAGUCACGACAACGAGCGAGCACCAACGACCAAAUGGAAACCAAGCUUUAUAUAAUUAUAAAUUACAACGUCAUUUUCCCACUCUGGUAACUUGCCUGUUGACCACCUUCUGUUGUACUAUAUAGUACAAAACUACCUAAAUUAGGUAGUUUGUUCCAAAAUGCAUUCACCAUUCACGCUGCAUUAUAUGCGGUGGGAUUAUAUAUUUUGUGUUACUGAUGUCUAUACUGUCGUCAUUAUUCGUUGCGCGCUCUAACUUUAAGAUACGCCCGUAACACAGAAUACUUUCCCGUCAAAAACACAAUACCUUGACCCCAUCGGAAAUUUUUGGAAAUUUCCUGACCCCAUUGGAAAUUUUCGGGAAUUUCUUGACCCCAUCCGAAAUUUUCGCGAAUUUCUUGACCCCCCUCAGAAAUUUUCGGGAAUUUCUUGACCCCCUCAGAAAUUAUCGGGAAUUUUUUGAGCCCCUCUGAAAUUAUCGGGAAUUAUUUUCAGGGAUUUUCUUGACUCCCUCGGAAAUUCUCGUCAACAGGUAGUGCCCCUUCAGAAAUGUUCAGAAUUUUCCUCGGAAAUUUUCAUCUUGGAACCCCCUCAGAAAUUUCAGAAUUUCAGAACCCUUCGGAAAAUCUCGUCAACAGGGGGGUGUGGAUAUUAAAUGGAAUGGCCCUAUACUUAACAAAUAUAAAACAUAUUCCGUGUUGAUAUACAAUAAUAUUAACACGAGUGUACAAUAAUAUCAACACGAGUGGAACACAAUUUCGAGUUUUCCCAAUUUCCACGAGUGUUGAUAUAACUGUAUAUCAAUACGGAAAAAUGUUUUAUGUUUUUUUUAUAAUAUAGGGCAAAGAAAUAUAAGAAAGAAAUUUUCCGUGUUGACAUUGAGUUAUAUCAACACGGUUCUUAGUCAAUCGGCGUUCAGAAUUUACAAAUGCCAUAUUAUAAUAUACUCUACAAAACAAAUCUUAAUCAUUAUUUUCGUAUUUAUAUAAUAGGAGUGUCAAAGAUGCGUGGAGUUGCUUAUCAGAUAUUCAUCACAAUCUUAAGAAAUCAAUGAAAAUUACGACAAAAGCUGUUGAAGAAGGACAAGCCUCGACUACAGCACUAAAUAUUUUAGCAAUGGAAAAGAUUGGUGUAUUUUAUGCUGCUGUUACCAUAUUCUUUCGAGCUGUGUGGCAAUAUUGUAAGAUCGUGAACAGAACAGAUGAACAAGGUAAGCCAACUCUGUGGCAGACACCUCAGGGAUAUAUUUGGGAGUAAAAUUUCGGUCACGACAAUUUUCUGUCCUGUUGAGAGCUGCAAACCUCAUUCUCACAUCUCACCUUCGCCUCAAAUAGACCAACUUAAUUUGGUAUUAAUAAAAAAAUUGCGGUUGCCAUAGAGUAUUUUAAUAAAACACAAAACAAUAGACACUUUGAAAAUUGUAAACAUUUACAUUCUUUACUUUAGAAUGCAGUCAUUCUUCUGAAGAUAACUUAAAUUAUAGUCGAAACGUAAAGAAUGAAAAUGUUUAUAAUUUUCAAAGUGUCUAUUGUUUUUUUGUUUUAUGAACUUGGUAUACAAAUUGCCAUUUCGUGUUUAUUUACACUUCUGAGAAAUGUAAUAUUUUGGUUUCAUUGUCAUGCUAACCAGAAUGUAUUGUCUUACUUAAUUGAAAAGAACCUAUCUGCCAAAAAUGUACUGAAAUAAACAUUGAAAUGGGCAAUUUGCGUACCAAGUUAUUUUCAUUGAGACACUUUGCAUAACAAUAUUUGAAGGGCAAGAAAAAUGCUCUGGUUUGUCUUACUCCUUUGUUUACAAGUAGUUUGUUCUCAAGUAUUUUUAAUCAUAGUAAUUAACUAGAAGUUAUUUCGGUCAUGUGACCGAAAUAACUUGCCGUGAUUGUUUUUUCGUCUCAUUAAUUACUCGUGAUUUAUCAAAUGCGCAAGUUUUGAUGAAUGAUGAAUAUUUCUUAAUGUGCCAUACAGGUAUGGCAGAUACAAAUCCAACGUCACCUCUUAUUGUGCUGUUAGAAGAUUUAUCCAAUGCAGGGAAGUCUGGCGAAGCCACAGAAGUAAGGUAUGAUAUAGAAAGCAAGAAGUAUAUAGCUAGAACUCCUGUGUUUUAAAAUGCAGUGUUUUUCUAUGUCGCGUAUUUGCGAUGAAAAGCGUUCAAAACCUAAAAUCUUUUUGGCAUAUCUCUCAAAAUACUUUGUUUUAGCUAUUAAAUACUUUGUAGUUUGUACACUUAACUACCUUUUUAAUGCAUCUGCCGGUUGAGAAACAUAGAAUAAUAAUAAAGAAUUGUCAAUUAAAAUACAAUUAUCAAUGAUAUAAAGAUACGAGGCGAACCGAGCCGAGUAUCUUUAGGUCCGAUAAAACACGCACUGCAUGCGAAUGUUUUAAAUUGCUUCAAAAACGAUCGAUCUAAUAAGUUCAUUGGCGAAGUAAUUUUCAAAAAAUACGCUGUGCAAGUCGAGAAAAUCAAAGUUAAAGUUUAUGUAAGUCAAGGGAAAUCUUUAUCACAUAUAAAGAUACGACACGCUUGUGAUUUUUCUUUGUGUUUUUCUCAUGAAUUAUUAAUGAGUUUUUGAAAACAAUAUAAACAAGACCUACUGAAUUUCAAACAUAAUUUUCUCUUUGGCGUACCAUCUAAAACCUCUUCAUUUUAGCAUUAGUUUUCAGAUAAAACAAACUGACAAAACUUUGUUUGCUUAUUGAGAAACGAUUUUUAAAGAUUUUGACUAUGCAGUUAUAACCAAACAAAUGGUAUACUAAAUUACCAAUUGUUCAAAAAAUUAUAUGUAUUGAAUUUCUUCUGAAAUAUCUAAGCCUGCAUACAGCUAUUAAAGUCUAAAUUAAUGCAUUACACUAUACAUAAAGCUGCUGUUUUUCAAACUUGAUAUUUUAGGCACGUUCCUAAAAAGAAAAAGAAACCUGUGGAUGUAAGUUAUUAAAUUAGCACGAUUGCAUGAUAUUCAAGUGAAUUGUAGCAAUUCAACAAAAUAACAUCUAAUGCAGUUCUUGAAAGACAUUGCUUUGUCCUUAAUUGUUAACUAUUUCAAAGAAAGAAUUAGAGCAGUUUGAAGUUAUUUUUGCAAACAGGGCACCGUGCGAAUCUUGCUAUUUGACCCAUUUGUCGUGCUUCAUUUGCCAAAUCGAAAGAACAAACGCGUGCUCCAGCCCGAUUUCCGGUUCUGAAAGGUCCGAUUUGCAGACAAACAGUGCGCGCAAAGCAGGCCGGUCAUUUCCCAUUGUUUAACUCAUGCUUUCCCAUUGUUUAACCGCUUUCCCAUUGUUUAACUGUUUAACACACUCACCCCACACUCAAGUAUAACCACAAAGACUUACAGAUGUUGCUUCGCAACAUCCGUGAGUCAAAAAGGACAAAUCAAAUCAAAAUCAAAUCAUAUUUAUUUCCGUAGGGUAACCUCUUCAGUAAUGUAUCACUGGUAUCAAUGAGGGCCCUACAAUUAAAAUAUAUAUAUAUAUAUAUAUAUAUAUAUAUAUAUAUAUAUAUAUAUAUAUAUAUAUAUAUAUAUAUAUAUAUAUAUAUAUAUAUAUAUAUAUGAAAUGCAGUGAGCGUGCGCAUAAAGGCUUAGGCAUAAUGUGUAGUAUAUAAAGUUCUGUAGUGUCCCACAUCCACCACACUGCCUUCUAUAGUAUAUAUAUUCUUGGUAUGUGGAAGCUCAUCAUCGGUGCACUGUGCUGAUGAGCCCCAAAAAGGGCGAAACAGCUGUCCACAGUUGCCGUUGUUUGAGCUUUCCUUGAAGGGCGCUACAAUGUCUUUACUUAUGUGCUUUAUCGCCGUUUUUAAACUUAUAUAUAUAUAUAUAUAUAUAUAUAUAUAUAUAUAUAUAUAUAUAUAUAUAUAUAUAUUUUGAAAUGCAGUGAGCGUGCGCAUAAAGGCUUAGGCAUAAUGUGUAGUAUAUAAAGUUCUGUAGUGUCCCACAUCCACCACACUGCCUUCUAUAGUAUAUAUAUAUAUAUAUAUAUAUAUAUAUAUAUAUAUAUAUAUAUAUAUAUAUAUAUAUAUAUAUAUAUAUAUAUAUAUAUAUAUAUAUAUAUAUAUAUAUAUAUGUACUCUAUUAUAUUAAAGUUAAGCUGUAAAUAAGUCUAAGAGUUUAGCUUUAAAGCUAGGUAGAGAUGAUUCUAGGCGGACAUGUUCAGGCAAGUUAUUAAAUGUUUUAGAGCCUCUUACAAGAACGCUACGUUCUGCGAACUCUAACUUUGAUCUUGGAACUACAGUAAUAACUUCAUCUCACUAUUUCUAAUUGAGCGCUUAGGUUGAUGAAGUGUAAAAUACUCGUUGAAAGGAAUUGGAGCCAAAUUAUUAAUACAUUUAAAUGUAAAAAUUGAUAGAUGCAUAGAUCUCCUAUCUUUCAGAGAAAUCAGCUUAGUAUCUACUGUGGGAAUGUUAUUACAAAUUAUUUUGUUUGCUUUAUUUUGUAAUCUUUCAAGUCUAUCAGCGUCGGUUUGGCUAAGGCAGUCCCACAUGAAGUCGCAGUAGUCCAAUAUAGGGAGAACAGUUGCCAGAUAGAUGGUUAAUGCGGUGUGGGUUGUAAUAUAUGGUCUAAUACGUCGUAGUGCACCUAUUCUUUUCGAGACUCGAGAGCAGGUGUACUGUAGAUGAUCUUUAUACGUCAGGCCACUGUCAAGAUGUAGACCAAGGUACUUGUAUACCAAUGACGACUUUAUAUCAAGGCCAUAAAUUUGAACUUUUAAGGGUUCAUUUAUUGAUCUCCGUUUGUGCGUCCCAAAGCGGACCGAUUCCAGUUUCCCUUGGUGCAGAUAGAUUUCAUUGUUGAUUGCCCAGUCUCCGAUGAUCUUUAAGUCCUCAUUUAGUAUAUCGGUAAUUUCAGCAGUGGUCUUUGCAGCGAAAUAGAUCACGGUAUCAUCAGCAUACAUUAUCAGGUUAGAGUUAAAGGGAGUAAGCAAUAAGUCAUUCAUGUGCAUGCAUUAUAAAAAGCAAUGGUCCCAAUAUAGAUCCCUGCGGUACUCCUGAAUUCACAGGAAAUGAUGAACAUAAUGCACCGUUCACUCCAACUUGAAUGUGCCUAUCUAACAAAUAGUUCUCAAACCAAUUAAGUUCGUUAUCACGGAUUCCAAAGAAUCUCAGUUUACUGAGUAGCUUCGGAUGUGAAACUGUAUCGAAUGCUUUUUGAACAUCGAGGAAAACUGCGCCUGUCAAUAGACCCGCUUCAGAAUUUUUCCUAAUGGUGUCAGAUAUAAGAGUGAUAGCCAUUGGGCAUGAAUCUUCUUACGGAAACCAAACUGAGAUCCCGAAAUAAGGUUUAAGGCUUCUAGGUAGGUGCUUAACUGCUUAUGAAUUUCCCUUUCGAGAAUUUUGGAUAGGGUUGGGAGAAUUGAGAUGGGUCUAUAUUAUUGUUACUUGGGUCGUUUCGGGCUUUGCCUUUAUAGAUGGGAAUAAUUCUGGCUAAUUUCUAAUCACUCGGAAAUGUUGAUGUGGAUAACGAUAGGUUGAAUAGUGAGGUUAUUGACGGCGCAAUAACUGAUGCUGAGUCUCUAAGCAACUUUGCUGGAAUACCGUCCAGGCCAAUGGCUUUAGUCGUUUUCAAUGUUCGAAGAUGAUUGUAAAUGUUACAUAUCUUAAUUUCUUUAAAGUUUAAAACAUUGGAUCCAACAUUAUUUGAAUUGAGUAUGUAAGCCGGGACUGAGGAUAAAGAGGUUAAGGCUGGAUGCAGUUUAUAAAAUUCUUUAGAGGUUCGUUCCGCUAUUCGACUGAAAAAUAGGCCAAACGUAGUAGCUGUAUCUACAUCAGUCUCGGUUACUUUAUCAUUGAAAAUGGACUUUACUCGUAUGGGCGGAUUAGUCUUGGUUUUAUUGCCGGAUGUAAUUCUUUUAAUAGAUUUCCAAUAUUUGCUAGGGUUAUCCAUGUUCUCUUCUAAAAGUUUCUUAUUAAAAUUUGAUUUAGCUUUUCGGAUUUCAGCCGUGACAGUAUUUCUAAGCUUCUUAUAUGUACUCCAAAAUAAUUCAAAGUUAUUUGCACGGGCAUUUCUAAGAUUGUAAUCUCGUUCAUACAUAAGAGACUUUAUUUUUGAAGAAAGCCAUGGUGUUUCUUUACCUCGAAUUCUCUUACUAAUAACAGGAGCAUGUUUAUCGACUACCAAUAGAAACAGUUUUUUCCAGAGCAAUGUCUUUCAAGAAAUUUGAUCGAACUCUUUCCUUGCUUCAACGAAGAUAAUUUCACAAAUACAAUUUUGUCGAGUGUGUGGACAUACUUAUAUUAGAUACAUGUAGAAUUUCACUGGCUCAAUUAUUUUGUAUACUACGUGAUCAUGUGAACAGUGUACGCGAAAAUAACAAUUUUUAUGUUCUAUUCUGAUUUAUGCUUUUAUUUAACAGGAUCAGAAAGAAAAACAACAAGUUCAUUUAAGCGUCGGAAGUAGUACGUAUAACUGUAGCUUAACCUGUAGAAUGUAAUAGAGUGCAUAUACUUUAUAUAUAUUUUUAUUAAUUCUCAUGAGGUUUGCAGACUUGGAAAAAGUGUUUUAAAAAUGUUCUUCAAAUCUGGAUUUGCCUUUUUCAAAUGUUCCUCAAUAGUGUGUAAAAACAGUGGAAAAUUUGAUGGUAUACGUUACGCCAAAUCAAUAUCAAAUGACAGAUAAGAAAGCAUGAUGUAAUUGUGAUCUUCCAUAAUGUAAAAAUUAAUCAAAAAUUGAAAUGAAAAGGAUCCCGAGAUCCCGCCUGAAUGUUUGAUGUUUUUCAUGCGGAUCACCGCCAUUUGACGUUAUGUACUAUUUAAAGCACGCGUAGGAGUGUUUUAUCACAUAUAAAACACGACGCGUAGCGGAGUGUUUUAUAUGUGAUAAAACACGAAUACAAGUGCUUUAAAUGGCUUAAAAAACGACUCAGCUUAUACGAGUUCAUUGGCGAAGUAAUUUUUAAAAUAAACUUUGUCUAAACCGCGAAAAUCAAAGCUAAAGUUUAUGUAAAUUAACAUGAUUUUAUAUCACAUAUAUAACCACGACACGCUUAUGAUUUUUCUUUGUGUUUUGCUCCUGAAUUAUUAAUGAGUUUUUUAAAUAUAUAUAUUUUUAAGAUUGUGUUUCUGUGGAACCCGGCGUCUGUGAUUAUUUUCUUGUGGCUGCCGACACUUGGCAUAUGCUGCAUUCACAUUCAGAUUAUAAGAACGGUAAUGUAUGGCUAGGCUAAGGCUUGAAGUGUAAACACCGCUAUUGUUAUACAUCGCAUUGUAUAUUAAUGACUGAGGGCGGAUGUAGCAUUUUAUUCUGCCUAAAAUACCAUGCAUGCAGCGGAUUUUAUUCACACACGUGAUGAGCACCCAUGUUCUCUUGACCCUUGAUAUGAGUUCCAUUAGCAUGCCCUACUACUUUGCGCGACUUUAGAAAAGAGGAAGGGAGUGAAGAUAAUACAUUAUGGGAUCGUCACAGAAAGCAAAUUGUUCACAAGGUUAUCUGAGCUUUGUUCCAUGUGAAAAUCCCAAGAUUUAUCAUGACUAUCCCCAGGCUCUUAAUUCCAAUGUGGGUAUCUCUAAGAUAUCUCUAUACACGUUCUUGUUAGUAUUGGACUGGGAUAUAAAUGGUGGUCGUCUAUAAUGACAGCGGUGUGUGUAGGUUAGGUAAAUCUAAAGGCCUGAAAAUUAUUUUAUCCUAAUUUCUUGUCAAGGGCCAGAAUGUUCCUUGACAGAAAUUAUAGGAAGUUCCAUGCAACGUCUUUGAGAAAUAACGAGUGAAAUUAUUUUUGCAUUAUCAUUUCGUUUAAUAAUUGUUUUCUUGAUAAUUUAGAAUUUUCUCGACUGCUGGACUCGUGGAAAGUGGACGAAUGGCAAUGGAUAAUACCAUUUCAAGUCGACAGACAUAUCUACCGAGUAUGUUAUCAAAUAGUGGUAUUACAAGUAGUUUACCAUACUCAUAUUAAAAUAACAUGUGAUUUUGGGUAGCGACACACACUACUAUAUAACGCACACCAACGUACAUAUGUGUUCCCCUUAAUAUAUCUAUAAAUCAAAUGUUAGUUUUAUUUUACGUGCAUAUUCUAUGUGAAUAUUUGGCGUCGUUCUUGUAUAUUUACCUCCCUCAAAUAUGUCCCAUCUUCCACUACAUUGUGAAUAAUGCACAUUUUCCUUGAAUAACUUUUAUUUUGUAUUUACUAGAAAUACGGGUUGAUAAAAAGCGUGUAUUUAAAGUUGAAAAAUUAAUUGAAAUGUUUCAAACAUAUUUUAAUUUUGUUUAACAGGGAAAAUUCAAAAAGGCAGUUGAGAUAUUACAAGAUAAAAAAGAAAGUAUAAAAAAUUCUACUUCGAAUCAAUCCGUAAGUUUCCAGAUUCUCAUUUCUGUCCUAUUUGCAUAUUUAGUGGGCUAUUUCGGCGAUGUUUUAGCCUAUAUAUCAACAUAUAGUAAAUCCUAAUACUUAUCCAUGCAUCGUACAUAUAUGGCAUCACAUUAUUUAUACAUGAACUUGUGCAUGGAUAGAGCUCGACAACUGUCUCUUUGUAGCUCAGUUGGUUAGAACGCUGCACUGGAAUCGCAGGGCUGCAGGUUAUAUUCCUGCCAGAGGGCAGCUAGCUGCAUUUUUCGCAACUGUUUCUGGUUAGAUCUUAUAUAAAUGUAUGUAAAAUUCCACUCCAAGAUUUCCAUAUAACUAUAUAUCAAUAUAGUGUUUUUAUUCGUGAAUAUUUUUUCUGGUUGUAGUUUUCGCUAAGGUGUUCAUUACAGCUAUCCUCUGUGUUGUCAUGCCUUGGUGAACACAAGGUAAACAUUUAUAAUUUGGUAUCAGGGUGCGAUAAUUCAAGAUUUUUAGUCAUACCUGUCUGGCACUCCAAUGGGUUUUGCCGCAUACUUCACUUGAGCCCUAACAAUUUUAAGACUUUUAUAAGUACACUUUAAAAAGCGUACUUACAGACGAUAAAGUACAUUAGAUGCAUUUUUCUAAAUAGUAUUCAUUCUACUACCUGAGGCUACGAGUUAGAAAAAGUACAAUUAAUUGCAUAAACAUGCAAACACUACAAUCGACUCCAAUAUCCCUUACUACCAUCAGUCUACUCAUAUGUCGUGUUGUCAGUCUUAGACAUAUACAGUAUACUCAGAUGGCAAGAGUUGGCUAAAAAAUAUUCCAGGCCAUAAUGUUGACGUACCGCUGGUACGUAGGUACUCGAAUUAUCACUCCCUGGAUAUGGGGCUUUAAUAUGAUCCCUUCAGGGUCAGCAAUUACUCCGUUGAGCCCGUAAAUUUUACGCAAUAGACGGUUUAACAGCUAAAAUCUUGGGAACAUGCAUGCACGAAUGAUGCACCCCGCCAAAAUUUCCUCUAAGUGCCCCUUUUCCCGGAUAAAACAAAUGCCCAAAUGGAAAAGUGUCCUUCUUUAAUGGAAUACGUGUCUCUUAAGACGCAGUGCUCUCCCAUGUUUAUAUUGCUCCGGACGCCGCUGCGUUUGUAAAAUAUCAUGUUCGUGUUAAUGUAACGGUUGGUUUUAAUAACAUAUACGUUAAAGGUUAACAGUGAAAACAUAUAUAAUUGCCUAACCGUGCUCUUAAAUCCUUAAACCCGGUUAUCAAAAAUAUUGGGUCGGGAGAUGUCGAUCUGCCCUAUCUAAUAGAAUGCCACAGAGAUAUAUCUCUUUAAUCAGCAAAGACUGGUUUACUUAUACAGCACGUGCACAAUAGAUAUAAUAUACAUGCAGACAAUGUCACAUCAGUAGUGCAUAUGACAACCAAAUUUAAAUUAGGCUGCUUAUAUGUAAUACCCAUGCAGUUAAGCAACGGCAUGCAGGAUUUAUAGUGUGUCAAUACAUUCUUCUGAAAACACCUCAACUAUAUAAUCAUAGAUCAGUUCAAUGCAUUAACCAUGCAGUGAGAUUAAUUGACUAACAAGAUCUAUUGACCAAUCAAUCAAAUCAUUCAAUGGGUUCAAUCAAUUUAUCAGUAAUUCAAUCAACUAAAUACGACGGUAAACAUAUAUUUAAAUGAGGAAACACGAUAUCACAAAGUAGUUUAGAGAUACGGCAUGCAACUACAAUUUUACAAAACAAUUAAAGCUUGCUGUCAAAUCUUGUACAGUAUGUAUGACACGCUCUAUUGCAGUUUUGCAUGGGCUCAAAAACAACAGAAAGUCCUUAAAAUAUAUACUAUACUGAUGAAAGGUUCCUUCAAAAUUUGACGUUGGAUAAUUUAUUUAUUUUAGAAAGCAUGUAGUGUUAUACUGGAAGCACUAGAGACAUUCUGGGAAGGUUCAGAUAAUCUCGAUGAUUAUAAAGAUAAACAAAAGAGGAGAUUUAUUGACUGUAGCUCCACAAAGAACAAUAAAACUCAUUCUCCUAAUGGUAAGUAUGCAUGCAGUUCGUAGAAAGUGGUUUCUCAGAAAAUCAUCCCAUGCACUUAUUUUUGUUGAAUGUGUGCAUAUCUUUCAUUUACGAUUUAUUUCAUUUAGAUCGUCACUUAGAGCUUGUUGAAUGUACGGAGGAUGAAGCUCUAUCAUACUGUGUCCAGCUGCUGGUGAAUUCUCUUAAGGUAACGGGCAAAUUGCCUCAGGCUAUUUGGGCUUUUCAAAGAUCUAUGUAGUAUUGCGCUAGACGGUUAUAUGGAUAAAAGGCAAAAAUGCAAUAUCGAUAAUUUUGAAAGUGCGAAUGACACUAAGCUGUCUGUUAUCUCAAACGAAAGUAUAUUGUUGAAACUGUAGAGUGAGUUCUAUUUUCGAUUUAUAUGCUUCGUUGUUGGUGGCAUAAUUAAUUUUCUAUAAAGGAUUAGUGUCACACCAUGGUAUCGCGAGAUUUUGUUGUUUCCAUCUUACCCAAAAUCAACAAAUAACGAUAAAAGUCAGAUAAAAGAAGCAAGGAUUCCCACAAGAUUGCUUUAAAUAAACGGUUGAUUACAAAAAAACAUUUCCAGAUCAAUUGAUCAACUCGGCUUAUAAAAUGGCUGCCAGCAGUAAUUUGAGCCCGCAAUACCAUGGUGUGACGCCAAUCCUUUGAUAAAGCAUUGCAACCAAACUGACAUCGAUGAUUCUGGAUUUUCAACCGUACUUCACUGGUGCUUCAAUUGUUUCCAUGCACUAGAUCUUGAGGUGGUACAAACUUAAGACUCAUGGUGUACUAACUUAGUCCCUAAGAUAAAGUACAAAGCAUAGUUUUCUGAUUGUCAUGUAGUCUGAAACCAAGAAGGAGCACAUUUGCAUGUACACACACAUAUAACUGACUCCAACAUUCUCUAGUCCCAUCCAAUCAGUCCAAUCAUGUUUUCUGCGUAUAGGCUCCUCCGCAGACAUCUCCAGGGAAUCGGGUGGUGAGAACCAGGGCGCUUAUAUACUAGUAUAUAACUCCCCAUUCGCGCGCUAAAACCCAUAGAGAUGCCUGCGGAAGAGGUUAUUUCCUGCCAAUUAGACAUGUCAGAUUUUUACACAUAAUAAGAAAGCUUCGGAUUAAUACGGAUACAACUACCUGAAAAAUACAAGGAGAACUUCGACAUUUCGAACGAGGGCCAUCGUUGGGAAGUUAGAAAGCUUCCUGGUUAUAUAGUGCCAGCAAAAUGUAUGUACGCAGACAGCGAGAGUACCGCGUGUCUACGUGGCACUUGGCUGAAAACAAUUGAAACGAGUACUAGACCGUAAUACUGGCGUACCUAUAGCCUCCUCCGCAGGCAUCGCCUUUAGAUUGACAGGCAAAAUUUGCCCUAGGGUACGUAUGUAUGCGACUUAUCGCACCCUGAUUUAAUCGUGUUCAGUUGAUGUGGUCAGGGCCGAAACUAGUGGGGGGGGGGGGAUGAGACACCCCCCAAUCUUGUAAUAUUGUAGUUUCGUCGGGCAAGUUCGACACGCUCGUCGGGAAAAAACUAUCGAAAAGUAAUAGUUCUAGAGAAAAUUUUGAUACAUUUACGAAAAUCUGACUGAAAAAUUUGUGUUUUGGGGCAAAUUCGAGAAACUUUUGAUGGAAAAAUUUUUCCCCUAAAAGGUUGUCGACGGGGGGGGUGUCAUUUUGGCAAAUGUUCGUCGGGCACUCUUUAUUGGUCGGCCAAAACAAGUUCACAGCCCCCCAGCCGUAAUACCGAAGUUUCGGCCUUGGAUGUGGUUACGUCACACCGAUCUUCUGAACCUAACAUCACCUGAGUUCAGAACAAUCUUUCCCUUGAACAAUUAGCCUUUGUCACGCCAUACGACCAGGCCUGGUUUGUCAUUUUUGCUUGGCAAAUCGCGCAACAACAAAGGAUGACGAGUGAAAGAGUAAAAUGGUGGGAAAGGCCUGCAUGGUAUGAAAAAAGCUAAUUAGUCAAUUUAAACAUUGCUAUUGGUUGGUUUUGCGAAAAUAAACUUGAAACCUGACGAAAAGGCACUAGAGUUUGGAGGUAAUACGUCACCUUGAUGAUUUUGAGAUUUUCCAAACAGUGACAGAUACUUUGCGAAAUAUUGAGAGCAAAUUCAGGUUGCCAACAUACGCAUGGCCACCUUUUGUUGUUGCAAAUCUUAGUUCUUUGAACUUUGUUGCCUUAAAUUUCAUAUAAAUAGAGCAUAUUACAUGGCGGUGCGAACAUAUGACUUUUAUCUUCGAGUGGUGAAAACAAUAUUUUACGAACGAGCGCAGCGAGUGAGUAAAAUAUUGUUUUCAACACGAGAAGAUAAAAGUCAUAUCUUCAAGCCUACGUGUAAUGUUCUGUUUAUUAUACAUGUAUAGUCCCAAGCAAAAAAUUGUAUAAAUACUGAAAGUCACGUGAUCGAUAUCUUCACUAGUGAAGAUAUAUGGAAAAUAUCUCACUGUGUAAUAAAUAUAUAUUUGGUUUCAAUUUUUCUAGGCACGCGUAUUCUCUGAAGGUCGUAACGACAAGAUGCUUGGACAUCUUAUUGUGUUGUUGCAAUAUGACUGGCCCAAACGAGAAGAUGUCUUUUUUGAUGCGAUUAAGAAAAUACAUGCUCAAGAAGUAUUUAAAUAUCCAUGCUUCUUCGAAUAUAUCAUCGGUAUCCUUUGAAUAUAAACUAACGUUUAGCUGAUUUUGUCAAGUUCGUGAACUGCAGUGGUCAUUCUAAUUCUCGUUAACCAAUGCAAACAAUUAAAACAAUGUGAAAAGCAAAAUAUUUACAUCAUUCGUCCAAAAAAUUAUAAAAAGUCGCUGUUAUGUGGACUUACCUCGCAGACUUCGGCUAAAAAGCUACCCAAAAAUGGUGGCGUGAGAAAGGCUAAUUGUUUCAAGCGCCAUGUUUUUUUACCAUGUCCACGAAAAUAGGUUGCCACACCCACGAUGUAAUGUAAUGAAAAGGAAAGUUUAAUAUUUACAAGGAGUAGAAAAAAAGAGAAUUAUCUAGGAUCAGAAAAAAAGAGAAUUAGAAAAAAAAUACGUGAAACAUUUGGUUUGGAAAAACGAUUGGUGUCGAGUAUAUAAUUUUGAACAAAUUCAAAAAACAUUUUGGUGUAACACCUUUGCAGCCGUUACUAUUUUAUGACUUUUCUUCUCCAUUUUUGCUUUUACAGUCCGACUUCAUGAAAAUGUUUCAUAGUCGUUUUAUCUGUCUAGAAAUUUAAUGUGUAUUUGCAAAGCACGUUUUCUUAACUGUACAGUAAUUGACAUUCUGGAGGAAUUUGCAUAUCUGUUUAAAGAUGAAAAUGUACAAAUUGAAUUGCUUCGUAAAUCAUCGUCAAACUCAAGGUAGGCUUUGUGGUGGUAGCACAAGAAAGCGUGUUUCGUCAGCAUGUCCAAACAAUAUGUAGUUUGUUGAGAGAAAAGCGAUGUGCAAGUAAUAAGCAAUUCCAGCUUUUAGUUUAUGCCUGCAGGGGAUGAUGGGAAGUAAGGUAUCAUAUUGCCGAUUAUGCUGAAAAAUUUCAAUAAAAACUACCGAAACAACCGAAAUAUUUCAAUAUUUACAAUUAUAAGCUAUCACUCCGUGUUUACACGGCCACCAUUUUUAUUUUUUCAGCAUAAUCAGCAAUGUGAUACCUUACUUCCCAUCGUCCCCUGCACGCAUAAACUAAAAGCUGGAAUUGCCAAUUGGUUUACUUUAUGUAAAUUUCUUCCUACGUGAGGAAAACCCAGAACAGUGUCUCGACUAUACGCAUACAAAUGACGCGUUCUGCGUCCGGAUAAAUUGCUGUUGAACUAUAACAUGUACUUGAGACUAGAAGAAUAUGCAUAUCAAAGUAUUCAACUGUUCAAUCAUCAUAUGAAUAUGAAAAGAAUGCUCAAAAAAAGCUUGACUCGCUUUAAAUUGGAAAAUAUAAUCCUUAUAAGUGUUGUACCUUUAUGUUGCUUUACACAGAAGACAAAAUGUGCUAGUACAAAAACUAGUUAAUGACAGUUCUAUUGUGGCUAUAAGUGAAACACAAAAUGAUGAUUAAACAGUUCAAUACGUUGACUUGCAUAUAUUUAAUGCUUCCAUUCUCAGCUUCAUCUUAUCAUUCAACUGCAAUUUAUCUCGAGACUCUGAAUGCAUUGUACGCGGUGUUGAUUUCCUUUGUUUUUUGUUUAUGGAUUAUUAAUGAGAGUUUUUGAGUGAGUUACCGUGUAAUAUAACGGGUUUUCAACCAAUCCCUAUCCCUAUGAGGGCUUCAAAACAUUUUCGUCAUGUUAUGUGAGAUUAGAAUUGAAAACCACUGGAAUUCUUUUUUCCAAAUACUUACUGUGGAAAUAGUAUGCAUGUUCUUUAUAGUUGGAAUAUAGAAAUCAAUUUUUUAUCCUAAUUGCUAUUUUCAUACUAUGGAAUUAGUAUCGAUACAAGAGAGGUUCAGGUUUUGACUUCCACUACAGCUACUAUUUCCAUUAACCAAUCAGAUGCGUACGGUUUUAAUCUACCCGAUUAAGCAAUCGAAUGUGUAUUAAUCCAGUGAGGGGUAGUGGACGUCAAAUCUGAACCUCUCUAGUAUGGAUUUAGUGCAGCAAAUAUGAUUUCCACAUCAUGGAUUUCAUUUUUCCAUUGAACAAGGAAAAUCCUGUUAUGUCCCCAUGUUUCGCACACUCUAUAUGGUUGGGGAAAGGAUUGUGAUGCGGUCAAGAAAUAUGUUGAUAGGACUCAGUGAAACGAAUAUAACAUUUCACUGAGAUAGGACAUGAAAUUAUAUUAAACCAAUAUGUUCGUGCGUGAACUAUGACGGUGUUACCCAAAAUCCUUUGUCGAAUUCAUUCAACAUGGCAGCGAUGACGCCAUGUGCGAAUCUGCACCUGUUGUACAUCUAAAUAUACCCAUGGCCAUGAUCUUUUUACUUUUAAAAUGACACUCAGCCUUUCACAUAUGUUUUAAACAUCAUCAUGCUUUAGUUUGUAUCGUCCAGUACAUUUAUACAUUGAAAUGUAUUAUUUAUGUAGAGGUCGUACUCUAACCCGAGGUUCAAACAAAGGUGCAAAAGAAGAUUUAAAGUCGUCUCUGGAAAAACAAGUUACAAGAGCAAGUGAAAGCAUCGAGUCGAUUUUACGCUUGUUUUUUAUCGAGGAGAGAAACAGUCUCAUUUAAGGAGAUUUGGCAAGAGUGAAAUGUGCAGAGCUUUAUCAAACACUCGACUUAAUAUUAUUCACCGAAGUGGAGGUGAAAAGUGCAACGAUAUUCACCGAAUCGCGAAGCGUUGAUGUGAAUAUCCUUGCACUAUAUUCACCGACACUGAGGCGCAUAAUUGUUUUAGCAUAUACCAUAACAAAACAAAAAUGACCAGAAAACAACGAAAAUAUUUUUAAAACAACUCAUAUUUCAGCUCCCGUAGUAGUUGUAAACAAAAUAGUGUUUACACGCUUUUAGUAAUUACAGCUUCGUUUAGUUCAAAAAUUUGCUGGAAGCCAUUUUGUUUUUGUCUGGAGGUGAAUAGUCCAAGCAUAUCUGGAGCUGAGCAACCAAUCAAUUAUAUAUAUAUGCAAUCUCGUGCCCAGAGCAAUGCCUGUGCGCGGGCUAGGAAGGCAUUGGCUCUGGGGAAAUUGACAACCGGAACCCCUAAAUUUAGGGGUUCCGGUUCUUUGUCGGCAUGCGCGAUUGACAAACGUUAAACCAAUCACAGCACAGGAAAAAUUCAAUUUCCCCAGAGCCAAUGCCAUCCUAGCCCGCGCACAGGCAUUGCUCUGGGUACGAGAUUGAUAUAUAUGCUGAGCAUAACAUGUUUUAAAGUCAUUUGUGUAAAUAUCUCAUUUUUGUGUGCAACUAACAAAACUAACAGAUAAAGUUUUAGAUGUGUCGUCUUUUUAUACUUGACCAUUGAAUGCAUUAUGUUGUUUUACGAUUUUCAAUGCAUGUUCUUUAGGCCAAGUCUAAACGCCGCAUAUUACAUGCAUCAAUUCAGUCGUUAGAAUCAGGGACGUAGGAAGCUUGAUAUUAAUGACUAAUACAACAUAUUAAUGACUACUAAUUGAUCUCGAUCCUGGAGGGCAAAUGGCAACCUCUUUUCAGUACAGACACCAACCUCGUACCCAGGGCCUUUGCGCGGUUCAGA